AUGUCCUCGUCGUCGCGCAAGAUCUCCUCCGAGUCGUUCAGCAGCUCGGUGGGCUCGGACUGCGGGCUCGAGAGCCCCGGGGGAGACGGAGGGGACGGCGGUUUGGAGACGGCGGAGGAGAGCCGAGGCUGCCCCUUCUCCUCCUUCCCCUCCUCGCACAGAGCGGUGCUCUGGAACGGCCGCAGCCCCGCCGAGAGGUCGGCGUGCCCGGCGGGCGAGGAGCAGCAAGGACCCCACAAGAGGGUCACCAGGAGGAGACGGGUGAACCUGGACUCGCUGGGGGAGAGCCUGAGGCGACUGACCUCACCCAUGACGCAGACUGUUCAGGAGGCUCUGCAGCGAACUCUACAAUUCUACAAACAACAAGAGAUCAGGUGUCAGGAAGUUGGCAGCGAGGACCGGCGAAGAGAAAAGAGAGAGGAUAAGUGCCCAUUUCUAGAAAAUUCUGGUUCAGAGGAAGAUGUCCUACAAAUUCUUCAGUACAUGGCCACCAUACUGGGAGUACCAUUCUGUGAGCUGCGAGAGCAUUUUGGAGAGGAGUUCUUUGGCCUCUGCUUUGAAGAAAAUGAGCGAGUACUUCGGGCUGUAGGCAGCAACCUCCAGGACUUCUUCAAUGGCUUUGACGCCAUUUUGGAACACAUUCGCACCUCCACAGGGCGCCGUGCCUCAUCUGAGAGCCCCUCCUUCCAGUGCAAGGAUCCCCACGAGGAGGAGAAAGGGAGAAGAAAAUUGGACAAAGUUGGAGAGCGAGGAGAAAGGGAUGGAAGAGGGAAGGUGUUGCUUCUUCAUUGUUUCAACCCUGCCCCUGUUGUUGGAUUGGUCAUGCCAGGGUUGAUUCGAGCUGUUGCCAGGCGGAUCUUUCAUUCAGAAGUUGAGGUGGAAGAAGUGCCACCUCUAACUCCCUUAUUGCCCAAUGAAGAUACACAACACACAGACGGUGACUCUGCAACCCCCACCCCGACUGCGUCCCCCACUGCCUCACCCUCUUCAUCCCCGUCCCCUCCCUCUCCUUUUCCAACCUCUGUUCCUGCAGUUUGCUUGUCCUUCCAAAUCCAGGAGACAUGCCCUCUUUCCCUAUCCUCCUUCCCAAAUGCCGCCUCGUUGAGCACCAAACGGCCCCCCCUGUCACUUUCCACCAACCCCAGUGAUUUGCGCAUUGGCCUGGCCACGUUUUGCCGUGCCUUUCCAUUUCACCUUGUCCUGGGGCCUCGCAUGGAGCUACUGCAGCUUGGAGAAGGCUUGAGGAGACAGGCUCGCAUUGACCCUCACAGGAGCCUCUCAUUCAGGGACUGUUUUGAGAUUGUCUCGCCCAAGAUGGAGCCUUCAUUCCAGGGCAUCCUCCUGAGGCUUGCAUCCCCAUUUACCAUCCGUACCAGACCUGAUACCACGCAGGCUGGCACCAAGGAGAAGGUCAUGGAGUUGAAGGGUCAGAUGAUCCAUGUGCCCGAGUCCUGCUCCCUGAUGUUCCUGGGCUCACCACGUGUUGAUAAGUUGGAGGAACUGAUGGGCAGGGGCCUCCAUCUGUCAGAUAUCCCCAUUCAUGAUGCCACGCGGGACGUUAUCCUGGUGGGGGAGCAGGCCAAGGCCCAGGAUGGCCUGAAGAAGAGAAUGGACAAACUUAAGGCCACACUAGAGCGGACUCACCAGGCACUGGAGGAGGAAAAGAGGAGAACUGUGGAUCUCCUUUAUUCCAUAUUUCCAGGUGAUGUGGCACAGAAACUGUGGCAGGGUCAGCCAGUGCCAGCUCGCAAAUUUGAUGAUGUUACCAUGCUGUUCUCGGACAUCGUGGGUUUUACUGCUGUGUGUGCCCAGUGCACACCUAUGCAGGUCAUCUCUAUGCUGAACGAGCUUUACACACGGUUCGACUACCAGUGUGGCAUUCUGGAUGUUUAUAAGAUCGAGACAAUAGGUGAUGCCUACUGUGUGGCAGGAGGACUUCACAAGAAGGUUGAUAGUCAUGCAAAGCCAAUUGCACACAUGGCUCUGAAGAUGAUGGAACUUUCUGAGGAAGUGCUGACACCUGAUGGGAAACCUAUCAAGCUAAGGAUAGGUAUCCACACCGGUUCAGUCCUGGCAGGCGUGGUCGGGGUUAAAAUGCCACGGUACUGCCUGUUUGGGAACAAUGUGACGCUGGCCAGCAAGUUUGAAUCAGGGAGCCAUCCGAGAUGCAUCAAUGUUAGCCCAACGACUUACCAGUUGCUGAAAGAUGACCGCUCUUUUUCAUUUGUCCCUCGUUCACGCCUGGAGCUCCCUGAGAAUUUCCCCAAAGAGAUCCCAGGGACAUGUUACUUCCUGGAGGCGGGGACGUCACACAGCCAUGCCUCGCUCACCAGCUCCCGCUCCGCUCCCCCGGCCUCUAUGAGGAAAGUCUCCUACAGCAUUGGGACCAUGUUUCUAAGAGAAACAAGUUUGUAG